GGAGAGAGUGGCAAGAGUACAUUUAUCAAACAGAUGAGAAUCAUUCACGGUUCAGGAUACUCUGAUGAAGACAAAAGGGGCUUCACCAAGUUGGUCUAUCAGAACAUCUUCACAGCCAUGCAGGCUAUGAUCAGAGCCAUGGAUACACUCAAGAUCCCAUACAAGUACGAGCACAAUAAGGCUCAUGCACAAUUAGUUCGAGAAGUUGAUGUGGAGAAAGUGUCUGCUUUUGAAAAUCCAUAUGUAGACGCAAUAAAAAGCUUAUGGAAUGAUCCUGGAAUCCAGGAGUGCUAUGAUAGAAGACGAGAAUAUCAGUUAUCCGACUCUACCAAAUACUAUCUUAAUGACUUGGACCGUGUUGCUGACCCUACCUACCUGCCUACACAACAAGAUGUGCUUAGAGUUCGAGUCCCGACCACAGGGAUCAUCGAAUACCCCUUUGACUUACAAAGUGUCAUUUUCAGAAUGGUCGAUGUAGGGGGCCAAAGAUCAGAGAGAAGAAAAUGGAUACACUGCUUUGAAAAUGUCACCUCUAUCAUGUUUCUAGUAGCGCUUAGUGAAUAUGAUCAAGUUCUCGUGGAGUCAGACAAUGAGAACCGGAUGGAAGAAAGCAAAGCACUCUUUAGAACAAUUAUCACAUAUCCCUGGUUCCAGAACUCCUCAGUUAUUCUGUUCUUAAAUAAGAAAGAUCUCCUAGAGGAAAAAAUUAUGUAUUCCCACCUAGUUGACUACUUCCCAGAAUAUGAUGGACCCCAGAGAGACGCUCAGGCAGCUCGAGAAUUCAUCCUGAAGAUGUUCGUGGACCUGAACCCAGAUAGUGACAAAAUUAUCUACUCUCACUUCACAUGCGCCACAGAUACCGAGAAUAUCCGCUUUGUCUUUGCUGCCGUCAAGGACACCAUCCUCCAGUUGAACCUGAAGGAGUACAAUCUGGUCUAAUUGUGCCUCUUCAACACCACCCAUCCCUUCCCUGGUGGGCUAUUGAAGCUAAAGAGGGACUGUAUUUCUGUGGAUAACAAUUUGCAUAAUACUAAUUUAUUGCCGUCCUGGACUCUGUGUGAGUGUGUCCACAGAGUUUGUAGUAAAUAUUAUGAUUUUAUUUAAACUAUUAAGAGGAAAAACAGGAUGCUGAAGUACAGUCCCAGCACAUUUCCUCUCUCUCUCUUUUUUUUUUUUUUUUUAGGCAAAACCUUGUGACUCAGUGUAUUUUAAAUUUUCAGUCAUGCACUCACAAAGAGUUGUUUCUUUCUCUCUCUCUUUCUUUUCUAUUGAGCAAAAUGAAGCUGAUUUUCCCUAACCCAUACCUCAUUUUUCCCAGGUUUCAAUGGCCUAUCCUAGUUCCAUUCUUGGUCAAAUUUCUCUUUCGAAUGAUAACGUCAGGACAAUGUCAUUCGAUUUAAGCCAUCAACAUCAGCUUAAUUUAACAGUCCGUAGUUUUUGCUGAAGGAUAAGUAUUAUUAAUACUAUGAUUUUAAAUGUAUUGCUCUGGAUACACACAUAGUGGUUUUUAUAUAUAUAAAUAGAUUGUUUUGCCUCACUCUGGGCUGGGACAAUGGAUUCCCAUCUAACCAUUAAGUGUCAUUUCUUUUAGAUUUCUACCUUUAGCCAUACCUUGGUUGCUCAGAGGAAUGUGCAGAAUUCAGUAAGACAAGGGCAAAGAUAAAUAGGAGUCCUUUCUUUUGAAAAGAAUGUGCCAUUGACCUUCUCUUCCUUUUUUUUUAACCCUUUCUUUAAAUUGCAGAUGCCAAAAAAUAUGCCAACAGACACUACAUUACCCCAGUGGCUGCUACCCAGAAAUUUUCAUAGGUUGUUCUUAAUUUUUUUUUCCCAAUUUUUUUUUCCUUUGUUCAGACUUUUCCUCCCUCUUUUCCUUAGUGUUUGGGCCACAGUUUUAACUUGACUGUCUACUGUAUGUGUUGCCAAAGCUGGCUUUUUGUAAAUCAAAAUGAAUAAGAACUUAAAUGAUAAAAGCAGGUAUUUUAAAAUAAGAGUAAGACUGAAGCCUAAAAUAAAUGGCUGAGAAUGAACCUGAAAAUGCCAGUUGCCAAACAGUUGUCAACUGUAAAUUUGAUUCUUGUGGUCCAUUCUUUUCCUUGCCCUUAAGCUCACUUUGUUUAGCAUCCACGUUCCGUUCCAUGUUGAGUGUCCAUAUCAUAGUGUGAAAACGUGUCCCAUGUGAUAAACAUGAAAUCUGCUUGUCAGUCUUAAUUGUAAGUCAGUUUUACCUUCAAGUUAUUUAAGGUUGAGUAAGGCUGCCAAGAUCAUCGGUUGUUACUAUUACCCUGACAUUUUCUUAAACUGGUGACUGGUUAAGUUGACCUUAAGGAAGACUUGUGAACUCAAAGUAACCUCAGUGUUCUGGAGAACAUGUAUUUAUGUAACUGAACCUACUAGAAGAGAUGUUUGGAAUUCGUUAAUGUGCAAUUUUUCAACAAAUGCAACAAAUAUAGCACAUAUAUUGAUGAACUUCUGUCAAGCAACUUGAGUUGAAAUAUGAUUUAAGAAAAUAAAUCAUAAUUGUUUUAAACCUGCUGGGAAGUUAGAAUUAGGCCAUAAUGCUGGUCUCAUUUUAACUGUAAUACUAUUUGGCAAAGGUCUAAGCUUCCAUAUAAAUCACUCUUUUGGAACAACAAAGAGGAAGGAGAAAAUUAAUGACUUACUAGCUGAGAUCCAGAAUUACUAAAUGGUAAUGGAAUGCUCUCAUUCUUAGCUCUCCCAGCCUCCAACAACACAGGUUACUUUUUUUUCCUUUGCUCAGAAAGCACCUAUAAUUAACAGACUGUCUGUAGGUAUAGUGCAAUUAUGAAUGCUCUAAUCAUUGUACAUACAUCUUGAUAUUGCAGCAUCCAUCCUGGCUUUGUAAUCAUUAAUUUUUUGGCAGAUUGAAUGUGCUGUAUUGAUAUGUAUCUAUGUAAUUGUAUGUCUUAUAGCUAAUUCACAUUUUGAAUAAUGUUAUUUUAUUUACUUUUUUAAGAGAGGAGAAUGUAAAUUUGUCAGUUUAUUUCUGACUAGGGAUAUUUUUUUUUUCCAUUUAGAAAAGAAAAAAAAAUUUUACUAUCAUACAGAGCGGUACUAGCAUCGUGCUGUAUAAAAUCAUUUGCACAUUCCUGAGUAGAGGUAUACUGAUUAUAAGACCCAAAGGCAGUUUCAUAGCAAAAUACAUAAAAUCAGUCAGAGCUUUUAUACAAACAUGGAAACCAACUUUGUAGAACUUUUGCCAUUUGACCUAGGAUUGGAAUAUGAGCUUUUAUACAAUUCAUAUUCUUAUUUGGCAAAUGCACAGUUUAGUAUUACCUCUCUGAUGGCCUUUAUUAGAAAGGCAGUUUUAGAAGCUAUUGUGAUCCACUAAGGAAAUGUUUUAACAGCUAGAGACCACUGCUUGCCUGACAGGGCAAUCUUCAAUUUGGUGCAGCGGGAAAAAAAAAAGAAAAAAGUGAACAACAUGUGAAGCCUACAGUGUGUAUAGGAGAAAAACCUCAUCACAAGAUCAUAGUGUUACAGUUUAGGGACUCAAGAUAUUCUAUUUAAUAAACCUAUAGUAGAUGUAGUUGAUUAAACCUGAUCUCAAAGCUCAAAGAAGCUGAGCAAAACAGGGAAAGAUUGUUAUAUUUGUCUUUAUGAAAUUGGGAAGGAAUUGCUAUGCAGAAUUGAGGUUUGUGGUUUCACUGUUCAUCUUAGGGUGCAUGACAAGAUCCCUUCUCUUGAGAAAGGAAAAAAUUGAUCACCCUAGCUGCAGUGAUGCAUAGAAGCCUAAUUGUAUCCACACUAGUCAAUCGAAGCUAAAGGAUUUUCUUUUUGUUUCUUUGGGGUUUUAUUGAAGGGGCUAGGGGCGGGAAGGGAUUCUUUUCAGUUUUGUAUAAAAACAAAGUUUACUCAUGCUUUAUAUUAUAUUGUGAUUGCAAGCAUUCUAAGCGUGUGCCACUGGACUCCUCUUGUUGAUGCUCUAGGUAAUGGAGGUCUGUGGCAAGUUUUAUGGUGACUUGGGCAUGUCUUAUUCAAAAACAAAAACCUUUCUUCAGCAUACCAAGGCAAGUGGCCAUUUCAUGACUCACUUAACACAUUGCAGUGUACCAGUUUACAGAUGAUUUUUUCCCUUUUUAGCGUGACAAGGCAGUUCCAACCCACAGAGAAUUCCUUACUUGUAAAUUGGAGGUUUGUACUAUGCCUUACAGAGCUUAAAUUCAGAAGUUUGUGCCUCAUAUCUGAAACAAAGGGAAACAACACACCCAUUCAACCAUAAAUAAAUCCCUUCAAAGUUUUGGAAUUUUUUGGUAACAUAUCCAUGUAAAGAGCUCUGUUGAAUGUCAUGAGUAGAUUUAGGGUGGGGUGGGGGCGAAAACUUAGAAUCCUACGUAUGUUAUUUACUAGCAGAUGAAGCUAUAAAAAGUAUUUGAAGAACACCUGAAACUUGUAUUUUUUUGUAGAUUAACUAGCAGGCCUAAUAAUUUUUAAAAAAGGUAAUUCAGCUAAAGGGCAGUUUACUUUUUGUACUUCAAGCUAUCUUGAUUGUCAAGGUGUACGAACUGUCAUUUUAAGAUACAUACUGCCAUAUGAUUGUAAAUUUUAGUGUCUUAAGUUAGGAAUUGGUGAAAAUCUAAUUUGUGCUGGAUUUGGGUCAGAAUGACUUAUUUGCAAAAAAAAAAAUUAAUAAUGGGAAGAAAGGGCUGCAUAAUGAGAUACUUGCAAGACUCAGAUCUUUGGUGGAAAUAACCGUCAAAUUACCCUCAACUUUCCCUUUGUUUUCAGUUUCUCAAAAAGAAUGAAUGAAAUGAAAUAUAGCAGAAUGUUAAUCAUAUAAAAAUAAAGUGUACCCAAAUAUUGUAAUGUAUAUUGCUGCUCUUAUUAAAAUUAAAUAAGGGUUUAAAACCACUUUAUUGGUAAUUGACACAUCUCAAUUGACACAAAUAAGGUGUGCUUGGUAUAUAUUUUUUUCUUCCAAAGAUGUCUCUUUGGCUAGAAAUACACACAAAAAAUAAAUAAAACCAAUAAUAUUGUAUGUUUAUCAUAUUUCCAGCAUAUGUAGUGUUAAUAGACCUGUCUUGGUAACUAUGUCUUUGGGAUUUCAUUUUGGUUCCAUUCAACUAAGAGAAGAGAUGAUUUAGCUGUAUAUGAUUAGUUAGAGAUUUUGGAGCCAGACACCUGCUGUUUAGUAGCAAUUUAGUAGAGUCUAAACUUGUCAUUUGUUUUUCUCACAGAUUCACUUCCUGCUGUCUUCCCAACUCCCAGUGCCCUUUCAGUAACACUCUUGCCUCUAGAACCAUCUGUUCAAAGUAUACAUAUAGCACAUAGUAGGUGCUCAAAUAUUAAUUUCCUUCUUAUCUCCUUUAUCAUGUAUCCUCCAUCUCCCCAUAUGGUUCCAGCCCAAUAGUAAAUGACAUUAACAUGUUACAAAAGUAUCUAUUGGGUAAAAUUGGAUCUUGGAUAAAGACAUUCAAGGACUUGUAUAAGCCUUGGUAGACAAAAAGAAAAAAAAAAUGGGGAGAAAGAUAUUCUUCAGUAGAAUAAUUUUUAAGUUUAGGAAGGAAAGAUGGAAAAUUACUAUGUAACUAUGUUCAGAUUCUUUUAACUGAAUACAUGGUUUUAGUGGAUUUCUUUUCCUGAAAGAACUUCUAAAUACAAUUCCUUGCUGGAUUCCUCACCUGUCACCAUGUUGGAAACCCUUACUAGAACUAUGUAUUUAGGGAGUUUUGUCAGAAAACAUUUUUAACUUACAGUAUUUAAAAGAAUCAUAUUUACUGUUCUUAAAAUGUCAUUCAAAUGCAUGUAUUGUCUAUUGUUUGGGGGUGGGAACUAGUUUUGCAAAAAACACCUAUUGUUGUAUAAUAUUGCCCCAAUGAUCUUGCUGGUUAAAAAUACAGUAUUUUUGGCCAUAA